AUGGCGUCCGAGACGUCCAAAAUUUCCGGGUCCCCUUCCCAAGGCCACGUUUCGUCAGGUUUAAACCCUGUCGCGGUGAACAGCGUGACCUACCUCGGCACGAUCGUGGUCUAUCUUCUGGCGUUCUUUCUCCGUGAGUUCCCCAAGCCGGUCCCCUUCCCCGCGGCCGGCUGUCUUGUUCCUUCCGACGGCGACUUUGGAGAGUGGACCCCGGCUGGCUACGUGCUCAUGGCGCUGUGGUGCUUCCACUUCAUGAGGCGGUUUGUCGAAGUCCUGUUCGUCCACGAGUACAAGAGGAAGAUGAGUUACGUGGAGAGUGUCGGAGCGCCGGUGUACUACUGGUUGUUCGGCUUCUGGACCGGGCUGUCCCUGCGACCUGACCUGGGCUAUGUCAACACCUACCUUUCCAUGUUUGUUAUCGGCUGUUUAAUGUUUUUCGUCGGAGAGGUUGGCAACGGCGUGUCCCAUCUCCAACUACGGAGUCUGCGCAGCAACAAGAACACCCACCUGCUGUACCAGACAAAGUCGCAGCACGUCGUUCCUAACGGGUUGAUGUUCGAGCUGGUCUCCUGUCCGCACUACUUCUUCGAGAUCGUCUCUUGGUUGGGUUUUUCUCUGGCCACGUGGGCCCUGUCCGUUGUGGUGUUUCUAGCCGCUACCGUGCUGACUCUCUGUAUCUACGGCCAUAAGAAGCAUCAGGCUUACCGUACGGAGUUCGACGGUAGGGAGGGGAGGGAGCUGUAUCCACCGAACAGAAAGGCUCUCAUUCCGUUUGUGUUUUAA